AUGGUCUAUGGACGCAGCAUUGCUGUUGGCAUCUGCUUUAUGACCGUUGUCAUUGUGGUCUCGGGUCUGAUCUAUUUUCUAAGUUUGGGACCUUGCCCCACGGGUAGCUUUGCGUGCAACAAUGACAUACAGUGCGUGCCGCAGCGUCAAAUGUGCGACAAACAUCUCGACUGCGAGGAUGGCAGCGAUGAGAAUCCGGUCGAGUGUGGCAAUCUUUAUGGCAGCAAGGAGCUAGCCGAUAAAAUUGUGCGUAAUGCGAUUGAAAAGAAAAAGCAGCAGCAACAACAACAGCAGCAGAAUCAACGCCUCAUGAUAGUUGCUUCGAAUUCCAGCGCCUGGGAUUCGCCUUCGCUGGCGGGCAGCAGAAAUCAAAGCAUGCCCAUACCCUGUGCUAUCACAACAUAUCCACGACAAUGCCAGUGCGGCGGUGGCACGAUGCUCUACUGUGGCAGAUUUGCCAAGCUACGUCGAUGGCCGCGCAUCAGCGAGGAGGUGACGAAUCUCUUCAUCAUACGCAACAAUGUGACACUGAGAGAAAAUCUAUUUGCCAAUUUGACGCGCCUCCAGAAGCUCACGCUCAAACACAACAACAUAUCACGGCUGCCACCGGGCUGCUUUAGUGGCUUGCCGCAUCUGGAACGCCUCGAGCUGGGCCAUAAUAAUUUUAGCCAAUUGCCGCAUGGCAUACUCAAAGAUCUGCCAGCGCUGCAGUGGCUGUUCCUGGUUAACAAUCAGCUGCGCUCUUUUCCCAUGGACCACUUGGCCGCCAUGCAUAAGCUGGAGUGGCUCGUCCUGAGCCACAAUCGCCUGACCCUGCGGAAUGAGCAGCUGUCCAAGAGUCCGAAGCUUGUCGAAAUCUUCUUGGAUAACAAUCGCAUCGAGUAUAUUGGCGAGAAAACUUUUGCGCAAUUGGAUAAUUUAGAGCUGCUCGAUCUUCAGUACAACCUUAUCACACACAUCCACGUGAAAGCCUUUGCAAAUCUAACUGCCAUUUCAGAUAUCCGGCUCAUUGGCAAUCCCAUUAGGGAAUUAUCUGGCGAAACAUUUCUGUACAACACACACCUGGAGGCGCUCUCCCUGGCGAACAUGCCGCUGCCCAUAGACCGCAAUCUAAUAAAAUCUCUUAACGUAUCCUUUUUGAAUCUAACCGGAAUCGAGUUCGAACGCAUUGACUUUGCGGCACUUAAUGAGAUACGGAAUCUUAAGUACAUAGUCUUCGAUCGUUUCUACUACUGCUCCAUGACGCCGCAUGUGCUGAUGUGCAAGCCCAAAUCGGAUGGGGUUAGCUCGUUAAAGGAUCUGUUGAGCAAGCCCUCGUUGCGCCACUCCACCUGGUUCAUGGCAACGCUCUCCAUAGCUGGCAACCUGAUGGUGCUCUGGGGCCGUUUCAUCUAUCGCGAUGAAAAUGUGGCGGUGACCAUGGUCAUUAGAAAUCUGGCGCUGGCCGAUCUGCUGAUGGGCUUCUAUCUGCUCAUCAUUGGCGUGCAGGACUUUCGCUUCAGGGAUGAGUAUCACAAGGUGGCCCGCGAUUGGAUAAGCUCGUGGCAAUGCAAGGCAAUUGGCACGCUGGCUGUCAGCUCCUCGGAGGUGUCCAUGCUUAUAUUGGCCUUUAUGUCGCUGGAACGUUUUCUGCUUAUUGCGGACCCAUUUCGUGGCCACCGAGCAAUCAGCGUACGCAUCAUUUACUUCUCGCUGCUGUGCAUUUGGGUUACUGGCGUGGGUCUGGCCAUUACGCCCGUGGUCAUCUGGUCGUCCAGCACAACGGACUUCUAUGGCACCCAUUCGGGCACCUGUUUUCCCUUGUUCAUUCAUGAGGCCUAUCCCCUGGGCUGGCAGUACUCGGCCUUUGUGUUUCUGGGCGUCAAUUUGCUGCUGCUGCUUAUGAUUGCCCUCUUGUAUACGGCUCUGUUAAUAUCUAUUUGGCGUACCCGCAGCGCCACGCCCCUUUCGCUGUUGGACUGCGAAUUUGCGGUGCGUUUCUUUUUUAUUGUACUCACAGAUAUGCUGUGCUGGGCACCGAUUAUAGCCAUGAAAAUUUGGGUUUUCUUCAAAUAUAAUAUCUCGGAUGAUAUUUAUGCCUGGCUGGUGGUCUUUAUAUUACCGCUCAACUCUGCAGUCAAUCCGCUGCUUUACACCUUUACCACGCCCAAAUAUCGCAAUCAAAUCCUGUUGCGCGGCUGGAAGAAGAUAACGUCAAGGAAACGCACCGAGACGGGACAUGGUAAUGUAGCCAAUACAACAACGGGCACUGCGACGGGCUCCUCACAGAAUCCGGAAGAAUAUACCACAGCCACAGGCAUAAAGUCUAUGCCAUUGGCAUUGACGCUAAGCCACUGA